AUGCACGUAGAUGGCUCUUCAAAUCCCCAAGGUGCCGACGCAAGAAUAGUACUGGAAGGCCCCGGCGACAUCCUCAUUGAACAAUCCCUGUGCUUCAAUUUCAAAACCUCAAACAAUCAAGCGGAGUACGAAGCUAUAAUAGCCGGCCUCAAUCUAGCGCGCGAUGUUGGCGCCAGGAAGCUAAUCUGCAAAACAGACUCCAAGCUCACAAUGGGGCACCUCAACGGCGACUAUCAAGUCAAGGACGCCAUGCUCUUGCAAUACUACCACACGGUAACUGCCCUAAUCGAACACUUCGAGGCCUUCAGAAUCGAACAUGUCCCUAGAUGUAACAAUGCCAGAGCCGAUAUCCUCUCCAAGCUCGCUAGCACUAAGAAGAAGGGACGAUACAAGUCACUGUUGCAGCACACCCUGAGCACCCCCUCCAUCGAACAGAAUAAUCAAUGCCUCAACAUUACCACAGCCGGCACCUGGAUGGAACCUUUUGUCAAGUACCUAGAAGAAGGAACAACCCCAGCAAACAAAGACAAAGGAUGGGCUCGGAAAGCGGCGCGCUAUACUUUAGUCGAGGGUGAACUAUUCAGAAGAGGCUUCAGCAGACCCUUGCUCAAAUGCAUCACACGACAACAGGCCGAGUAUGUCAUGCAAGAAAUACACCAAGGAGUUUGUGGCUAUCACUCAGGCCCCAAAACCAUGGCAGCCAGGAUAUUACGAGCUGGCUACUACUGGCCAACAAUGGAGGGAGAUUGCACCGCAUACACUAAGAAAUGUGUCCAAUGUCAAAAGCACGGUCCCGUAACGCGCAUACCCCAGGAAGAGCUCCACCAGGUGUCCUCACCGUGGCCAUUCUCCAAGUGGGGAAUGGACAUAGUCGGACCCUUCGCACCAGGCAAAGGCCAAUUCAUAGACAAAAGCCUCGGCGAGUUCUACCGUAACUUGAAAAUCACACACAUCACCAGUUCCGUCGAGCACCCCCAAACAAACGGCCAAGCAGAAGCUGCAAACAAGGUCCUCCUCGGCCAACUCAAGAAAUGGCUAGACGGAGCAAAGGGGAAGUGGCCGGACGAACUUCUUGAAGUGCUUUGGGCAUACAGAUGCACACCCCAGUCAUCAACCCACGAGGCACCAUACACCCUCGUCUACGGGACCGACGCCAUGAUUCCCGUAGAAAUCGGCCAACCUUCUCUCCGUCAGUCAUACCACAACCCACAAUCCAACGACGAUUGUAUGAACACCCAUCUCGACCUCCUAUACGAAACACGGGAAAAAGCACGCAUCCAAGAGCUUGCAGCAAAGCUUAGAGCCGCACGAAGAUACAACUCCAAGCUCAAGCCGCGCUCUCUCCAUAAGGGCGACUUAGUCUGGAGGAUGGCCAGUAAAGCACGAAAACACGAAGGAAAAUUUUCACCAAACUGGGAAGGUCUGUUCCGUGUACUAAAAGAUGUCGGCAAAGGAGCAUACCGUCUCGAAAAGCUUUCCGGGGAGCCAUUGCCCAACACUUGGAAUAUUUCUCAUUUAAAGUUUUACUUUAGUUAG